UAUAAAUAGAGACAGCGUAGUCCAGAAACAAGCAAAGCCGAAGGAACUAAGCGAAGAAGAGUCCUGUGUAAGACCUGUAGGGAAUCCCUGGACGGAUACAAGGACAAAACAUGUCAUUUGCAAUCUCUAUCGGUUUUAUAUUUUGUUUCAGCUUUAUAACUGCCAGCCAGAGCUGUAUGUGCCGGUUUAGAGGACUGCGAAAAGACUUUUGUGCCGCUGCCAUCGUCAUGAAAGCCAAGGUUACGUCCAACGCUACAAAUGCCAUCCAUGUCCAGUCUGAUAAUGACACAUUCAGCCUUUAUUCUUCUUCUCAAGUCUACAAUCUGAAAAUUGUUGAAGUUUUCAAGGGUAAAGAACAACUUAAUCAGCUGGCAGGAUUCACACCAUCUAUCAGAGGCGAGAGCCCAGUGUAUACAGUUGAGCUGCACACCCCUCCUCGGUUUAUUUCAUGCAGCUUCCUGCUCCGCGAAGGUCAGGAGUAUCUCCUGUCAGGCAGACUAGACAACAACAAGUUAAGUUCCGAAUUUUGCGAUAUCCGUCUGGAGUGGGGUGAUAUCACCCCAAGGCAGGAAUAUGGUGUUAGGGUAAAAUACGCCGAGGACUGUUAUGAUGGAGAAAUUAGAGUCCAUAACCAGUUUCAAGACCAAUGGCCGUAAUUUGUAUCGCGAUUCAUAAUUUCUGUUCGUACUGAAGUGCUAGAAUCGUAUUUUUUUAACUGUUGUUGUGUGCAAAAUUUAAAAAUUAGGCCAGUGAAUUGUCAAGGUCUAGUUUUAUUAACCAAGUUGAAAACUUGUACCUUCUUUAUUGCGUAAAUUGCUACUAAAUAGUUGUAUAUAAAGUAGACUUCACUAU